CUGACCAGAGUCUGUGUUCACGUCUUCAUAAGAGCGCACACAUUCCGCCGCAGUUUGCUACUGGAGACACAUUGUGGACGAUGGAUUGUUCAGAAGAGGUUCAGUGUGUGUGUGAGGAGCCCAGCACUCCACUGGAGAUAAAGAAGGGGAUGUCGAUUUUCAUUGAUAUUUUACGCAGAGCCGAUAAGAAUGAUGACGGGAAGCUUUCCUUUGACGAAUUCAAAGCCUACUUCUCUGACGGAGUCUUGACAGCUGAGGAACUGAAGGAGCUCUUCCACACAAUUGAUACCCAUAACACAGACAACCUGGACACGGAUGAACUCUGUGAGUAUUUCUCCCAGCACCUUGGUCAAUAUGAGAACGUCCUCGCUGCCUUAGAAGACCUGAAUAAGUCCAUACUGACAGCGAUGGACAAAACAAAGAAGGAUUAUCAGGAGUCCACCCACCUGGAGCAGUUUGUGACCCGCUUCCUGCUGAAGGAGACGACGAACCAGCUUCACUCACUGCAGAGCUCGCUCGAGUGUGCGAUGGAGACCACAGCUGAGCAGACGCGCCAGGAGAAACAGGGUCCACUGAAACCAGAGGUCCUGACCAUCCAGUGGUCAGGCCGUCGCUCCAAUCGGAGGCUUCAGAGGAACAGCAGUCUGUCUCCCAACAACCCGCUCCUUAGUCUCAUCAACGCAGGUGUUUAUGACGAGGACAACCAGUGGACAGUCCAGGUCAACAGAUUGCAGAAGCUCAUCGACCGUCUAGAACAGAAGGAGAUUCGUCUGGAGCCUGCAGAGGAGGAGGUCCUGGAGAGCAAAUCCCACAUCCUGAUCGUCCAGAGGCAGCUCUCGGUGCUGGAGGAGGAGCUGGAGGAGUUUCGUUUGGCCCUCAGACAGUACAUGGAGUGCGCCUGUGCCCAGACUGGAUGUCUACACGUCGCAGUUCAGCGGCUGGCGAAUGAAUCACGCUUCAUUCUCUAUGAAUUCUGGGAGCACAACAACGUGUGGAAAAAUCACCUGCAGACCAACUACAGUAAAACCUUUCAGAGGGGCAACGUGGACUUUCUGGAAACUCCUGAGACCAUAACUACCAUGCUGGUUCCUGCCUCGUGGUGGGUCCUCAACAACAACUGAGAGGUCACGGGUCGUCACUGAAGAAGAGCAAACAGUCACCUCUUACCACGCCAGAGUCCUCAGUGACACACAAACACACACACACACGCACACACACACACACAUUCAACACAACUCGUGAAGUCAUGGUGAUUAGUUUAGAUUUUAUGACCUCCAAUGUUCCUUCGUAGUUCGGUGGUAGCCGUGUUUAUUUACACUUUGACUCGACGAAGUUUAAAGCAAUGACCUGAUCGCUGACAUCAUCGCUGUGUUUGAUGUGACAUCAUCGGAAAACUAGUGUGUGUGUGUGUGUGUGUGUGUGUGUGUGCGUCAUAGGCAACCCUUAGGGACAAAAGUUUAGACUAAGGACCAGUUAAUAGAGGUUUUGUCAUCCUGGGGACAAAAGCUGUCUCCUCACUGAGAUAAAAAAAAAAAAAAGAUUUCUGUUUCUUUGGACAAGUCUUUCGGGAAAUGACUGCAGGUCUGCGUAAAGUUCUCAAGGUGACCUGUGACAUCAUGUUAGCCUGUGUCUCCCCAUAGCGUGUUUUAAAUUUAGGGUUAGAUGAGUAGUAGUUACAGUUGAGGUCAGAGCAAGUCUCUAAGAAAUGAAUGUAAGUCAAGUGUGUGUAUGUGUGUGUGUGUGCGUGUGUGAGAGAGAGAAUAAAGAGGAAUAAAGGGAUAUAAUUGUAUCAGUUGUAGCUGCUCAUUAAACCAAUAUUCUGUGUCAAAUUGAGAUAAAAAUAUGUUGGUCAUAAAUAAAGAUAAUAUAUUGUUGUGUA